ACACAUACACACUAGCACACACACGACAACAGAACCAGAACACCCUCCUCUGGACACACCCUACUGGGGAUCACUGCUUCUCUUUUUUUUUUUUUUUUAUUUCCGAACCAUCGCCCACGCCGCACAGGGAGAAAUCUCUCUCUCAUCCUCAUCAUCAUCCUGAAGAAAAUCCCUUUCUCCUCAUUUUCACUCUGCUUGAGGACACCUACAAUCACACGGGCUGAGAAUCCCUGAAGACAAGAUUCUUUUUUCCUUUUUCUUUUUUUUUCUUUUCAUUUUGGAAAUCGACGCGAUUAUUCAAGCCAAACAUUAAAAAAGACCAGAGUUAACCCUCCAGCAAGCCUGAAGAAGACCUGCACAUCGAAGGAGCUAGAUCGCUAUCAUCUUUGUACAAGAAUGGUUACUAUAAUCAGCACCAUGGAAACUCAGGUGUCCAACGGUCCGAGUGGAACCAGCAUGCCUAACGGCCCGGUCAUCAGCACCAACGGUGCCACAGACGACAGUAAGACCAACCUGAUUGUUAACUAUCUGCCUCAGAAUAUGACCCAGGAGGAGUUUAAGAGCCUGUUUGGCAGCAUUGGAGAGAUCGAGUCCUGCAAGCUGGUCAGAGACAAAAUCACAGGUCAGAGCUUGGGCUAUGGCUUUGUAAACUAUGUCGACCCUAAUGAUGCUGACAAGGCCAUCAACACGCUCAACGGUCUCAAACUGCAAACAAAAACAAUCAAGGUGUCCUAUGCCAGACCCAGUUCAGCCUCUAUCCGUGACGCAAACCUCUAUGUGAGCGGACUACCUAAGACCAUGAGUCAGAAGGACAUGGAGCAGCUGUUCUCCCAGUAUGGCCGUAUCAUCACCUCCCGUAUCCUGGUGGACCAGGUGACAGGCAUAUCACGAGGAGUGGGCUUCAUACGCUUUGACAAGAGAAACGAGGCUGAGGAGGCCAUCAAGGGCCUGAAUGGCCAGAAGCCCCUGGGUGCUGCCGAGCCAAUCACUGUCAAGUUUGCCAACAACCCAAGCCAGAAGACAGGCCAGGCACUUCUCACUCAGCUCUACCAGACCGCUGCCCGCCGUUACACAGGGCCUCUGCACCACCAGACUCAGAGGUUCAGACUCGACAAUUUACUAAACGCCACCUACGGAGUCAAGAGUUGUCCAUCUCUCCUCCCCAGGUUCUCGCCCAUCACCAUCGACAGCAUGACCACGCUGGCGGGUGUAAACCUGACGGGUCCCACCGGCGCCGGCUGGUGCAUCUUUGUCUACAACCUUUCUCCUGAGGCUGAUGAGAGUGUUCUGUGGCAGCUGUUUGGACCGUUCGGUGCCGUCACCAAUGUCAAGGUCAUCCGCGACUUCACUACCAACAAAUGCAAGGGCUUCGGCUUCGUCACCAUGACCAACUACGAUGAGGCGGCUAUGGCCAUUGCCAGCCUUAAUGGCUACCGCCUUGGUGACCGUGUGCUGCAGGUCUCCUUCAAGACCAGCAAGCAGCACAAGGCUUAAGAUAGAGAGGUGUGGCCUGGCCGUUACCACCCCUUUUAACCCAAAGGGGGAAGGGGGCACUAAGCUUCCCGCACAUUUACUCUACAUGGGCCUGGACUGAGUCUCUCUUUGACACACACUUAUCACACACAUUACACACCCAAAUGCAACAUACACACACACUUAGCCAGAGUCUCCAAAAAUGACAAACACAUGAGUUUUUUUUGGUUUCUCUUUACAUGACAUGCAAAUCCUUCCCUACAUUUGCCUGGAUUGAAUUAGUAGAAGGUGACUUGGUGACUUGGUGAGAUUUCAUUGCAAGACACACAGUUUUAAUGAAUGUGACCCAGAAUGUGUGCUAAGUGCUUCGGUUUAAUUCAGGCAAAUUAGAAGCGUCACUGAACAAAAUUGAUCGCAUAAAUAUAUAAAUAUACAUAUAUUUGCAGUUUACCCAAAUUCUUGCCCCAGUAACUCUCCUGUAUUUAAGGAGAGAAUGUAGUCACUUUUUUACACUUGGGCAUUUUGAAUCAGUGGAUUUUUUUAGAUUGAAGAAAAAAAGAAUAAAAACAGUGUUCUCUCAUAUAUAUUAUUAUAUAACUAUAUAUUCAAUAUUUAAGGUGGUUAUAAUAGCCAAGUAUGUAAGCAUUUUCUAGAACUUUUAUUACGAUUUCCUGGCUUCACCUACGGUUGCAUUCUAGCUUUAGCGCGCUGUGCCGACCCCAUUAAAGCUCCAACCCUUGCAGCCAGUUUAAUAAUGUGCAGAACAGCACCUACGAGGCUGAGGAAUAUGAGAAGGUCAUCAUAAUCACUUCACUAUAAAUUCAACAAGGCAUCAUAAACUCCAAGAUCCAAGCGAAAACACAAACACACACACACACACACACACACACACACACACAAUUCCACAUCACAACAGUUACGAUCACAAAGUUACCUAAAACAUCCCUGGAUUGUUCUACACUAGUUUCUAGCGUUCAGAAGCUGUCCCUGAGAGCAGUGUUUACGUGGAGAUGAGGUGUGCAUUCAUUCUCUCUGAAAAGGCGAAAGGUUACGUGUAGAAAAAUAUCGCUGCAUUAUAACCAAAAAUUCCAAAAAUUUCAGAAGGGAUUUCUUGGUCAGGGUGAACCGGGAGGACGUCUCAACUUCCCUUUGGAUGAAGGACAAUUUUUAAAAGCUGACCUUAGGAGAAUUAAAGAGACAAGGGUUUAGUAGCUCCUACCCGCUCUCUCAAACUGAUAAGCUUUGUGCUCUAAUUGAUCUUCAUACAAACACAGACCAUCUCUGACUCCAGCACAAGCUGGGAGAUUCCAUUCGAAUGCCCAUGUUAAGGCGAGGCAACCUGAUCUUCAUGUAAAUCACCUCCACUGAAUAUUUAUUAAUCCCUUUUAAAAAGAUGCACUGAAUGAUGAUGCCCACAUUAAUGCUAACAGAAAGUCAAAUGCCCAUAAAACAAAACUGCUCCAGACAGACAGAGAGAGAGAGAGAGAGAGAGAGAGAGAGAGAGAGAGAGAGAGAGAGAGAGAGAGAGAGAGAGAGACGUUGCUGUAAAAAAAAAUGAACAAAAAAAAACAAAAAACAGAUGAGAAUUUAAUGCGAAAGAGAAGGGUUUAAAAAUGUGCAUUUAAACUGAAUGACAUUUUGCUUUUUCUUGAUAACGCUGUGUUAGCCAAAGAGGACAAUGAUCUCUUUGAAAAUAUGGAUUACAUUAGAGAUUAAUAUAUUUUUAUAUCUACAGAAAAAAAAACAAGUCCUUGUGCAACAUUUUUACAGAUUCUUAAAGCGUGGAGACCUUUGGGACACACCGCAUGGCUUUUAUUUUUUCCGACUUUUCAGCUUUUAGGGGAGAGAGCGCCUGACUCUCUGCGGUGUCUGGGAGGGGACUGAAAUUUUGGGGACCUCUAAACGUACAGUAUGUGCAGUGAAACCAUUACAUAAUUAAAAAAAAACACAAAACAAGAAAAAAAAGCAAGCAAGCUCGCAUUAUGCUGAAAAAAUAAGAAUAAGAUGGAUCGACUUGUACGCAUUAGGAUUAAAAGAAGUUGCAUUUUCUCUGAAGUUGCUUCAGCGGCGGUGCAGUGAAACCCUGUGCUAUAACUAGGGACGUAUUAACUAGCUGCAAUCUGUUCCACAACGGCUCGAUAUCUGCAAACUGACAGUGGCACUUUUCUCCCCAAACAUUUCACCAGUUUCUUUUGCAGAUUAGAUUUAAAUAUAAUCUAUCGCUCGUACUGACCAUGCUCAAUGCACCAAAGAACGGAUUUGAAUUCGGGAUCCAUUAAAGCUGCGCAGUUCAUUCUGUUUAUACACCAUAACUUACAACUGGCUAAUUAUAUCCUCCAGUACAUUAUAUCAUGUAGAUCACGACAGCACAUCAUCGUCUGCUCUGAGAAUAUUCUUCAUCCUUGGAAUGAGGUCUGCAGGUCCUCAUCAUCCCUCAUCAUCGCUGGUUUGUGUUGCUCGAGGGUUCUUCAUCAGCUCUCCUGCUUUCAAACGUUAGAUUUAAACAUCAUAUCUUUAUUUCCUUUAACCUUCACGGCUCAUCGAAGCACUAACUAUAAGGAGUCACAACGUCAAUCAUAUCGCUCUGUUCACGUACACAUCACACCUCACUGUAUAUCCCUGCAUCUUAAUUCCAGCACUGAAUGUCACAUUUCACUAAUUAUUUAAUUACUACAAGGCUCUUUUGUUACACAGCACCAUCCAGAUGCCCAUCACAUCCUGAUACACUCAAGUGAACAUAUCCUGCAUAUUUCUGUCCACACUAUGAGUUGUGCCAGUGAAAAGGCACGAUUACUUUGAAAUCAUAACUCAAGCCUUAGUAACCUGCCUUAUGACAUUUCUGUCUACCCUCCACAUGUAGUGCCAGGGAGACGAGGGGCAGCACAGGGCAAAUUUUUAAAUGCCCUUGGGCAGAAGUAUCUGGAAAAGGUUGUGGUGCAGUAAAAGAGCCCUCAGUGAACUCACAGACCCAGUGCUGAAUAGCUCUUUCACUCGAAACACACACACACACACACACACACACACACACACAAUAAAAUAUAUAGAGACCCUCUCCCCAAAUCUACAGUAGAGAGCCAGAGACAAUGGCAGAAUCACACAUACUGCACCGCUUGAGCAACAAAAUACAAUAAAUCGUUUAAAAAGACAAAAAAUUUUUCCUAUGGAACAGUAAGUGCAAUGUGCUUCGUUUUUAUAUUGACUGAGAACAAAAGAUAUAUAUAUUUUUUAAAAAAGAAAUUAAACAUCACAUUGAAGUGGUUUGCAGAAUAGUGAAAGGAUCAAAUGCGAUAAACAAACGGGAAAAAAAACAACAAAAAAAAAAACAAGAAGUGUUAACAGAUUCAAUUAAAGGAAUCAAACACCAAGAGCUCUGAUCUCUGACGUUCAUUAUCCCUUCCUGAGCCCUGAAUUAGUGCUCUGACCAUGCGUGGUAAAGCCAACGGCCCAGCGCCGGACGUAAAAGAGCAAUUCUCAAAGACCGUGAAAGGAAUACUGUCUAAUAUUUCAUCAGUUUUAGCCCAUGUCGAUUCCAAACUAUGGUUUUUCCUGUAAUUUAUUGAUUUCUUUGACAUAUCAGAAUCACAUGUUAACUUAGCGUAUUUGUGUCGUUAACGUUGCCAUAGAGAACAUACAUGGGUUGGAUAUUUCUUUUGGUUGCUUAUUGGGUACGAUUUAUUCUAUUUUUCCAUUAUUUAAAAUUAGUUGCUGUUCCUACAGUGUAUGCAGGUUUUAGAAUUAGUUAGAUUUUUUUAUUUCAAUCAAACUGUGCUCAGUUGUGUUCGUAAAAGUCUGUGGUAGCUUUUGUUGCAACAUAAAUAAUUUAAACAAGAAAAAAAUUCAAUAUAGCGCCAACGAACUUGUAUUAUUUGGGCGACUUUAAGCUUGUAGUUUUAACUUAUUGUUAACUUAAAAACUAUUUAUUCUCAUUAUUAUGAUUAUUAUUAUUGUUAUUGCCUCGUAUAAAAGUAUGUUUUGUGUAUAUUUAUGGUUUAUUUCAUAUUUGCAAGUUUAAAAGAAGUUUAAUUUUGCCAGAUUUGGAUACACUGUUUUUUUUUUGUUUGUUUGUUUGUUUGUUUUUUGUUUUCCUUUCUUUCUAAAAGAGAACAUAUAGAAUAAAAAAAAAACAGCAUUAGAAUUACAAUUUGGAAAAAAGUUCUCCAUAGGCAAAGAAUGCACUGCUAUAUUAAACUAACUGACCGUGUAAACAUACAUGCUGUGUUCUAGAUGUUAUGCCUUUACUGCCUGUGUUCUGUUUGUCUUGUUAAAUGAAAACCUUUUGAUUAUUUGAUCUAAUCACAGUCUUGUUUUAUCCAGCCACGUUCAGACCCCCGUAACAGUGAAAAGAGAGGGAAAGAGAGUGUAGAGGAAAGAGAGAAAAGGAAAGGCAAAAGAAGGAGACAGACAGAGGGCUGAGUUUCAGCUGACUCUCACAGGUCCUCACUUUUCAGUUUGUUGCCUUUUUCCGAACCUCCAGGAGCAGGCAGUGAUAAAGGGGGUCGGUGGUUCCUCUGUUUCUCAACCAACUGUAUUUUUGUAUCGAUUAAUUUAGAAAGGGAUGCAGAGUUACUUAGCAUUGUUCUUCUUACACCGUUUCUCAUGGUACAAUAAUACAAAAAUAAAAAAAUAAAGGAUUAACCACAAAAGCCUCAGACGUCACCGGUCGAGGACAAAAAGUCAAAUCUCAGUUUCCAAACAACCAAAACAACCAACAAUGUAACAAAGGAAAAAAAAAUAAAAUAUAUCUUUCUGUUUAGUUUAGGAUAUUUAUUACUGGGAUUACAGCUGAAAACGCUUGAGGACUUUUUCAUGGAAUUAUUUAAUUAUUUGUACUUUACAUGCCAGAAAAAAUAAAAUAAAGUUGC